AUGUCAUCAGCAAUGCUCACUGCUGGGGUUCACACGACUGCCUAUCAGUCCACGUUCCUCCUGUUUGAGUUGGCAAAGAACCCUGAGGUCCAGGAGCGGCUCUACCAGGAGAUACAGAGUGUGGUGGGGGAGCGACCUCCCACAGCUCAGGACCUAGAGGCAAUGCCGUACCUCGGAGGAUGCAUCAAGGAGAGCCUGAGAGUCAGGACAGUUACUAAUCUCCUCGCCCGUGUUCUGAAAAAGGAUGCCGUCAUCCAUGGUUACUAUGUGCCUGCCGGGAUGGCUCGUAACUUCACUCUAAAGACAAGCAAGGACGACCUGAAGAUGAUUGACAACGUGUCUGUGACAGUGGAUGAGGACGUUCCCCUCUAUUUUACGGACAGAAAAUAG